CUACCCAUCAAAACACCUACCAUUUACACAGACCAAUCGCAGCCGUCCAUCUUCCACACGCCCGCCUCACGGUCAUCCCAAUCGGACGGCCGAAAAUCAUUAUUCUGGAAAGUUCUCUCUCCUCGCUCUCAUUAUAUGUAAUCACUCUCGAUACCUUUUACACAAUAUCCACAGCCCCACUGUUUGUGCUCUCCACACUUCCAAUCCCUAGGGUUUUCUGCAUUUUUUUCAUCGCUCCUCCUUCUCGAUCUAUCUGUUUUUAAGAAAGCUGUGAAAAAUGGUGAAGAACUACCCAACUGUGAGUGAGGAGUACCUCAAGGCCGUCGAGAAAGCUAAGAAGAAGCUCAGAGGAUUGAUCGCCGAGAAGAACUGUGCUCCUAUCAUGCUCCGCCUUGCAUGGCACUCUGCUGGUACAUUUGAUCAGUGCAGCAGAACUGGAGGUCCCUUCGGAACCAUGAGGUUCGAUGCUGAGCUGGCACAUGGUGCAAACAGCGGUCUCGACAUCGCUUUGAGGCUCUUGGCGCCCAUCAGGGAGCAAUUCCCGACCAUUUCUUAUGCUGAUUUCUAUCAGUUGGCUGGAGUUGUUGCUGUUGAAGUUACUGGAGGACCUGAAGUCCCAUUCCACCCAGGAAGGCCGGACAAGGCUGAGCCACCUGUUGAAGGUCGUCUGCCUGAUGCUACCAAGGGAUCCGACCAUCUGAGGGAUGUUUUUGUCAAACAAAUGGGUCUGACCGACCAGGAUAUUGUUGCUCUCUCUGGUGGCCACACUCUGGGAAGAUGCCACAAGGAACGUUCAGGAUUUGAGGGACCAUGGACCGAAAACCCUCUCAUCUUUGACAACUCUUACUUCAAGGAGCUUCUGAGUGGAGAGAAAGAAGGUCUCUUGCAGUUGCCAUCAGACAAGGCUCUUCUUGCUGAUCCUUCAUUCCGCCCUAUUGUUGAGAAAUACGCUGCGGAUGAGGAUGCCUUCUUUGCAGACUAUGCUGAGGCUCACUUGAAGCUAUCUGAGUUGGGAUUUGCUGAAGCCUGCUAGAUAUAAUGGUUCGUUCGUGUCAAGCAAGGGAUUAAUGGCGGUUCCUAUUUUUCAUCAAAUUUAUGUUGGUAGUUUUUUUGGGAAAAACUUGUUGGAUCUGUUGAUCUUUUGUUUUUGUGCUUCUUUGGAUGGAUGUGUUGGAUUUUGACAAUGUCGGUAUUCAUCAAUCGUUUACUGUUUUAAUCCUUUCUAUGAAAUAAGUUGAUGUUUAUAUAUAAGAUUUUUCA